AUUGGUACGAAAAUUCUUAUACCCACAUAUUCACUCCAUCAUGAUCCCGUGUAUUAUCAAAAUCCAGAAUUGUUUGAUCCUCUGCGGUUCACAGAAGAAAAUAAAGCUAGGAGACAAAAUGGAACGUUCCUCCCAUUUGGCGAUGGACCUAGGAUUUGUAUUGGUAUGCGAUUUGCAGUGAUGGAGGYCAAAACGGCAUUAGCAGAAAUAAUAUCGAAAUUCGAAAUAUUUCCGUGUAAGAACACAAAAAUUCCCAUUAAAUUAAAUCCAAGAUCUAUUUUACUGACACCAAAUGAACCAAUAUAUUUAUUAUUUAMACAAAUUGCAUAACUUUUUGUGCAAUUAAAAAUAAA